AUGGCCUAUGUACAAGGCGAGGAUCUGGAAUACGCCUGGAGUGGCCUUUCGACGGACCAAAUAGAUUCUAUCUUUGCCGACCUAAAGCAGCACAUAUCGAGCCUCCGCGAGCUUCAACCUCCGGCGCAAGGAGUUGUCUCAUCGGCUCUUCAGAAUCCCGCCUAUGACUGCCGGAUCGGAAAUCGCUUCUUCGGCCCCAUGACCCAUGAUGAGUUCCAUUCACUAACUCUCUUCGCGCAUGCAGACCUAAGUCCUAGGAAUAUCAUCGUCAAGGGCGGGCGCAUUGUCGCUAUUCUUGACUGGGCAUUUGCGGGAUGGUAUCCGGAAUACUGGGACUUCACUAGGGCGCACUAUAACUUAUUUUUUGAUCAGGACCGCUGGGAGGAGUACCUUCGUCUUGUUAUGCCUUGCUACGAGAUGGAACUCACGGCAGAGCGGAUUCUCUGGGACAGGCUGCCGGAGCCGGCCUGGUUGCAGGCGAGGGCAGGCCGUCAGUUGGCAGAUUUGUGGACUCUGGCCCUUCGUCGAGAACGCUACGUUGUUGACUGA